AUGCCCCCUCUGCUGUCCACCACACCCCCGCCUGUCAUCCUUUGGUGGCAUCUUACUCCAAACGCCAGUUCCAUCCCCUCCAGGCUUCUCCCCGUCCCUGGCUCCAUCCUCUCUCCAUUUAAGCCUAAGGGCAGCUUUGCUAGAAGACAGCCCGCCCUGCAGGAACAGAAAGCCUGGACUUCCACUGUGUUCACCACCAUCAGCGCCCCGGGCCGCGGGGCGCUCGAGGAGGGAUGUGAUCAGCUUUUCCGGAUUCAGGUCUUUACCGGAUACUUCUCUGUGCCCCACGGCGUGGGUAAAAGUGCAGGGGCGGCCACGGGCGAGGAAGGCGGGGCGCGGCUCCGGACGACUGGGACGUGGUCGGCGGGAAUCCCGGAGGGCGGCCCGCAGGUGGCGGCGCGGGGCGGCGGGCGGGGCCGGGAAGGGGGAGGGCUCGGCGCGCGUCGGGCGGUGACGGCAGCGCGGAGGGGAGGUGCGAGCCGCCCGCUCGCCGGGGAGCCAUGGCGAGAGGCCGCGCCGCGGCGCCCGCAUCAGUGCCCGCGUCCGCAGCAGCGCCCCUGCCCGCCGCCCCGGGGCCCACCCGGCCGCCGCCCCCGCGCGCCCCGAGCCUUUGACGCCCGCGCGCCUCGAGCGAGGCGUCCCCCGGCGCGGGGCCGCGCGCGGGAGAGUCCGAGUGCAGCCUUAGCGUCCCCGAUAGUCUCGAACGCCCCGACGACCCCCGCGUCUCAGAACCCCGGACUCCGAGCCCAGGAGCGCCAGGGCGGCAGGCGGGCAGUAGGAGGCGGCGGCGCCGGAGCGGAGCCACCGCGAGUGCCCCCGUGCCGCCCGGCCGGCUGCAGCGGAGGGAACCGGAGCAGCCGGGCGGCCGGGGUCGGGCCGAGAACGACGCGGAGGAAGCCCCCACCGAGGCCCCCGGGGACCGCGCCUGCUGCCGGGUUGCGCUCCGCGCCCCUCUUGCUGGAGGACCUCGGAGCCCGGAAAAGUGCCCCUAGGGCAUCGUGUCGGCCACGCCGCGUGGCCUGGAUUCCGCGCUCCGGCACUCCGAGGUGACAGUGAGGCGACCUUCAAAGAGCCUGGAGCUGAGCCAAACCAGAGCGCGGGCAGCACCCCGAUUCCCACUCACCCGCAAAACUUGAUGAAAAUGACAUCAUCUGAGCGUGUCAGAGCAGAAAGAUGCCUUUUAGAGCCCUCCUUUGCAUCCUCAGAGUUAACAAGUUUACUUUGUCACUUUCUUGACUUGAUUUUUAAAGCUCUUUUCUAGUCUCCAAGGUCAACCUCUUGCAGCUAAAAACAAAUAUAAUGAACCGUAUCAUUUCUUCUUUUGUAAAGUUGUGUUUCAGGAAAGAUGUUAAAAGUUGACCGGCUCUUGAGGCUGACGCUGGGUGCCCCCUCCCCGUUAAGCUUCCCUGUUUUAGAACCUUUGGCUGCACUUGUUCAGACACUGAAAUUAGCGUCCGCUUUGAGAGCCUUCAAAGUAUUCGUCGUUGGACCGCUGAUAUAUAUAUAUUUUUUCUGAUAUGCUUCACUAUAACUUUAUUUGCUUCAAAUGUGUAAACCUUGUCAAUACUAUCUGUGAGUGUGUAUUGGGGACUGGUAAUCUUUUCUGGAGGGUCUUUUGUUUAUCUGGAAGCGGAGUGGAGGUUACCAUAGGGAAACGGUCUAGUUCCAGGGUCCUUUCCAAUUUCCAACUACAAAAGCAGCAAAGAGGAAGGUGCUCAGACUGAGCUCUGAUUAGCCCUGGAGCCAGUCUGCACUGGGGAGGGUCUCCCCAGAUUGAGUGAAGGGACAACAGGCUGCGAGCUUGACUGGUAGGUUUGGAGAGUUGGACCUGGAGUGACAGAUGGCGCCUUCCCUUUUGUCUCUCGGUUUGGAAUGGUCAUACUCGGUUGCUCUUUGAUCUUUGACCUCAGCUUUGUCGCAGAGGUUCCCAGGCCAGUGUUGUCUAAGCCAGCUGGAGAGCAGAGCCGGGCCCUGAGGGAUGCUGAAUCGGGUUAAAGCCCUUGUCUCAGGGCUGCGAGUUUGGCAACAGUUGGAUUUCAGCUUGGCCCCAGCACCAGCCGUUUCCUGUUUGAUAUCCCAGGGACCAGUUUCCCAUCCCCAGUGCUCGUUGAGGGUGUCUCCACUCUGGCUGUGUUGCUUCUCCUUCUCUUUGGUCUUGGAGUGGGAAACUUGGACUGAAAUUCCAACUCCUCUCCCUUUAUUGGCUGUGUGACCUUACUUAACCUCUCUGUCCUGCUCUUCCCCUCUCUGGGAGACAAUGUUUUAAAUGGAAGUGUCUGUCUGUAAAAGUUUGAAUAACAUGGGAGAGUUUUCAGGUCUCAUUCCAACAUGAUUGGGUUUGUAAUUUGGUAACCUUUUUGAGCCCCAACAGGGAUAAUAAAGCAUAUAAUAGUAAUUGUUGUUUUAUAGGUUUAUUAUGAGGGUUAAAUCAGGUAAUAUAGAAGAGCUUUGGGCCGGGCGUGGUGACUCACGCGUGUAUUCCCAGCACUUUGGGAGGCUGAGGCAGGUGGAUCACUUAAGGUCAGGAGUUCGAGACCAGCCAGGCCAACAUGGUGA